CAACAACUCCCCGGCAGUACUAACACUCCAUAGAAAGUGAUAGAUAAAUAUGAGACGCGUGGAGGUUCCCCGCCAUCUGCUUCAUCAUGUUCAGCUAUUUACUUGGAAGCAACAUAUAAGUGUGCUUGCUAAACUGUGCCUGUCUACCCGGGAUACGACAUCCCCGUUACUUAAUCCCUUACAAGUGGUGGAGGAUGCGGGCAACAGAAAUUCUGGCAUAAGAAAGCCAAAAACUGAACAUUUAAAGGGCCAGAGUCUUCUUUUCUGUGCAGGACACCAAAGACAGAAGGCUACCCGUGUACAGAAAAAGGUGCUUGAGGAAAACAGCCGCAGGCUGACGGCCCAACUGGAGGCUGCACAAGAGGUGCAAAGAAAAGAACAGGAGACCUUAACAGUUCUGCAGCAAAUAACCAGUGUUGCUGGACAGGACCCAGGUAUGGCAGAUGCCACUCAUUCCUCCAUAAGGGCUAGUCACCUUUUGCAAAAGAUUACAACUGCAGAUGACGUGGAAGCCUACCUAACCACCUUCAAAAGGUCUGCCAAGCGAGAGGGUUGGCCAAAGGUACAGUGGGCAGGACUGUUCGCACCCUUCCUUUCAGGGGAACCCCAAAAGGCAUAUUUUGACCUGGAGAAUCGCCAUGCUACGGACUAUGAUAAGCUAAAAAAUGAGAUCCUUUCACAUCUGGGAGUUACUCUUUCGGUCCGCGCACAGCGUGUGCGCAACUACAGCAUGGAUAAACCUCCACGUUCCCAAAUGCACAACCUCAUACACCUGACCAAGAAGUGGUUGCAGCCGGAGAUCCUGACAGGCCCCCAGAUGGUGAAGCAGGUUGUGAUGGACCAGUACUUUAGGGCGCUCCCCGUUACCUUGUGCAAGUGGGUGAGCCAUGGUGACCCCAAGAAUGAUGACCAGAUGGUGGAGAUGGAGUAGAGGCACAAAGCCGCGGAGGAGCGCCCCCUAGCCCUGCAGUAGAGAUCUCCAGGACUACCUGGUAAGACUGUUCUAAGGGAAAAGGGGUCAGGCAGAGGUGAAAUAUCUGUGGGUGCAAGUGGAGAGACUGGAGGCCCAAGCUCUAGAAGCUGGCCAGCUGUGCCAGGGAGGUCUGUGGCCUAUAGGAGACUUAAUCGAGACUUAAUCAAAUGUUUCAGAUGUCAAAAUGCCAGGUCAUG